AUGGCGGAUACCGAUGAUGAUGGAUGCGAUGAUCCAGGCACUCCCCCCAGGGCAGUAAAGAAAAUGAAAUAUUCUCAGAAAUAUUCAUGUAACUGGGAAUCACUUCCAUUAUUCAAGGGUUGGCUGCAACCGAGUUUGAAGAGUAAAAAUAGAGCUUAUUGCAAAGCCUGUGAUUGUGAACUUAAUGCAAAGAAAUCCGAGCUAGAAAAACAUGCAGAUGGACAAAAACACAAAACAAAUGUCAGUAGUGCUGCCAAACAACCUACCCUAUUGUCAAUGUCAUUUGCAAGAGGACAUUCAUCACUGGAUAAAAAGGUGAAAAAGGUGAAAGAAGACCUACCUAUGAGUAUUAUGACACAUUUACUCCUACUAAUAAAAUCUGUAUGUAGUGACUCAGAGAUUGCUAAACAUAUUGCAUGCAGUAGAAGUAAGACUACUGCAAUACUAAAGAAAGUAACUGGUGAAACUAGCAAGGAAGAGCUGAUCAGCAAUCUAAAAACUCAAAAGUUUUCAAUUAUUGUUAAUGAAUCGACCGACAAAGGUUGCACUAAAUACUUGUGCCUACUUGCCCGUCUGAUACAUGGCGGUAAAGCUAAUGAUGUUUUUCUUGGUCUAGUUCCUGUACAGGAAGGAAGUGCUCAAAGUUUGUAUGACAGCGUUGUUAAAGUAUUUGUCGAUAAUGCGAUUCCCAACAAAGAGAACAUGAUAGGUUUUGCAUCAUAG